CGGCCGCACUCUCUGUUGGGUCACGCUCUCUCACGGAUCAGUGUUUUGCUGUAUACAGUGACACAAGUUGGGAGAUCUUCUGCAGGGUGAAUUUAAAACUGGUAUGGCAGCCUAACGAAGAAUGGCGGCCGAGGAGGGAAGCGGUUGGUUGUGGUCCGAAAACGGGACCAACUCGUCCCAGAGCAACGACACACAGUACUGCGGCAAUCUGGACCAGCCCACGCUCUACAUCUUCACUCAGGUCUUGUAUGCGUUCGUCUGCAUCGUAGGCCUCCUCGGCAACUCUCUCGUCAUCUACGUCGUGCUGCGCUUCUCCAAGAUGCAGACUGUUACCAACAUGUACAUAGUCAACCUGGCUGUAGCCGACGAAUGCUUCCUCAUCGGUAUACCUUUCCUCAUAGCUACAAUGAGCCUCCAGCUUUGGCCUUUUGGGAACAUCAUGUGUAAGAUAUAUAUGACAACGACGAGCAUUAACCAGUUCACAAGCAGCAUAUUUCUUACAAUAAUGAGCGCUGAUAGGUACGUAGCUGUAUGCCAUCCGAUCUCUGCACCAAAAAUGAGAACGCCAUUCAUUUCCAAAAUCGUUUCCCUCAGCGCCUGGACGGCAAGUGCCAUAUUGAUGAUACCAGUAUUUAUGUAUGCCAACAUCAUGGACAGCGAACACGUCAAUAGCUGUAAUAUACUUUGGCCAGAAAGUGAAAACUUGAGUGGACAAACUGCAUUUACUCUUUAUUCGUUUAUUCUAGGAUUCGCCAUUCCAUUGGUAUUGAUAUUCUGUUUCUAUUUUCUAGUAAUAAGAAAACUUCAAACAGUUGGACCGAAAAACAAAUCUAAAGAAAAGAAAAAAUCUCACAGGAAAGUAACGAAGCUUGUGUUGACAGUGAUUACGGUAUAUGUUCUCUGCUGGUUACCCUAUUGGAUCACCCAAAUGGCUCUCAUCUUCACUCCUCCUAAACAGUGCCAAUCAAGAAUUACAGUCACAGUCUUUCUGCUGGCUGGUUGUUUCAGCUACUCUAACUCGGCCAUGAACCCGAUACUGUAUGCUUUCCUUAGCGAUAAUUUCAAGAAGAGUUUUCUAAAAGCUUGUACGUGCGCAGCAGGUAAAGAGGUAAAUGCCACCCUUCACUUGGAGAACAGCGUGUUCCCGCGAAGAACUGCUCGUGGAGGAUCUGAGCGAGCUCCCGCUAGGCGCUCGGAGCCUCAGGAAGCCGGACCCCUGGUGAGCAGGACGGAGGCCUCCACCACCGCCCUCACCUCGAGGUCCAACAUCACCGUCACCAGCGACUCCAUCACACCGGUCAAAAAUGGCGUCAAAGUCAACGUCACUCCCACUCAGCUCUAAAGUGACAACUUAGUCCGACCCGCGCGAACUUUAACAUUCCUAAGAAGACUUGAUCAUAUCAUCGUUUCACCUUCGGUUUUCUCUGCCCUAUCCCGAUAUAUGUGUAAGAGUUGUUUGAUUUGAGUGUCGGAAUUCCCCCAUGCCCUUGUUAUUACCAUUUAGUACCUGAAAAAAUUAAUUUAAUGAAUAGAUAAUGAGUGAUGUAUCAAAAGUCGAAGCCACUUACAUAUGUAUGAUAAACAAUGUAUUACUCUUAUAUACUCAUUAAUUUUGUACUCUUUUGUAAUGAAUUUUAUUAUAUAUUUUGUAUACUUAGUUUAUAGUAGUGGUUCUGCGCGGAUAUCGGACAAAGUACAUAUGACAAUGAACAUAUCAUGAAGACUGUUAUUGUGUGUAACAUAUAAGCGCCAGAGAUAAGGGACGAAUCUAGCGCUUUCCCUAGUAUAUUAUGUGUAAUUUAAGUUUAUAUUAGCCUUAAAUAGCUUGGGAGCUUGUUCAAGUAAUAUAUAUGUGUAUAGAAUGUACAAUGAUGCCUGAUGAACUGUAUAUAGUGACCCUUACGAUGGAGAGAGCUGGGGGGUGCGGUUCGCCCCUGAGCCCGCUAGCCCCUCCGCGGAGGGACUACCGUAGCGAACCACCCUCCAGUCUUCCCUCAAUUCUCUUCAAUUAUAAUUAUAAUAAAAGCUCAUAUUGCAUUUA